GCGGCGGCCAUCUUGGCGGCGGCGGCGGGGCGAUGAGCGGCUCCAGGGCGCGGGCGGCGGCGGGACCCGACAAGAAGCCGCCGCCGGGGAGCGGGGGGGCCCUGAGCCGUUUGCGGGGGCGACGCGGGUCGGCGGACGCAGCCCCGCGGAGCGGAGCGCCGUGGACCGAAUCCGAACUGCUGGAGCUGGAGACCGUCCGGCCCGAGCACGUCCUGGGGCUGUGCCGGGUGACGGAGAACUAUUUGUGCAAACCCGAGGAUAACAUUUAUAACAUCGACUUCACCAGGUUCAAGAUCCGAGACCUGGAGACGGGGACGGUGCUGUUCGAAAUCGCCAAGCCGUCUGCUGCAGAGCAAGACAACGAGGAUGAAGAUGACAGCAGUGAACUGGACAGCAGUGCAGGCCGCUUUGUUCGUUACCAGUUCACCCCAGCAUUUCUUCGUCUUCGGACUGUUGGUGCAACAGUGGAGUUUACAGUGGGAGAAAAGCCAGUGUCAAACUUCCGAAUGAUUGAGAGGCAUUACUUCCGAGAUCGCUUGCUGAAGAACUUUGACUUCGAUUUUGGCUUCUGCAUCCCCAGUAGCAGGAACACAUGUGAGCACAUCUACGAGUUCCCUCAGCUCUCAGAAGAUCUCAUCCGUCUGAUGGUUGAAAACCCAUACGAGACCCGCUCAGACAGCUUUUACUUUGUGGACAACAAGUUGAUAAUGCACAACAAGGCCGAUUAUGCUUACAAUGGAGGACAGUAAUCAUGAUAUGGCUGCUGGAAGCUGUGCUGCCAUUAACCAUUCCAGAUGUCCAGGACUGGACUGGACUUGCUCUCUCAUGCAACAAGGCUUCCUGUCAAACCUUUUCUUCUUGCAUGAGGCUGAGCACAUGAAGCAAAGAAGACAGCUCGCAAAAGUAAAGGAAAUCUCCCUGCAACGCUUCACUAUCCAACACCCAUAACAUAUCCAGCCUCUGUCAUUCUCCAUUUCCGGAUGCCUUUUGGUACCCUGGUUAGGUUAUGGAUCAGAGGCACUGUUUAAAAAUUAUUGCUGUUACAGUUUUUAUAGCUUAGGUUGCACUUCUAGUGCUCCCGAUGUUUCACCUGUUGGGUGACUACCCUCUUCCAAGAGGUCAAAUUAUUUGGGUAAGCUAUUUCUUAGCAGGAAAAUUUGCUGCCUUGAGGUAGCCAGUGACAUCUGAAAAGCAGAUCUCUUCUUCAGUUGGAUAGAUCAUCUCUUUGGUGCCUAGUGGCUUAGUUUGUAGCAUGGGUGAGAUAGCUUUUAGGGUGCAUUCCAGUAUUCUCCAGUGGGAAAGAUAAAAUAAGAGACUAAUUCAGCUUC